UUUUCGUACAGUGAUACGGCGGAUUGUGAGCCAACAGCUCCCAGACGAAGAGUACAUGAAAGGCCGCGUGCCCUCGGAGCGGCCGCUGCCUGAUGAAAUAGGGGAGGAGGAGCAGCAACGGGAGAUGAUAAUGAUGUCGGCGGCGGACAUCAUACACGGGUCUAAUCCCAUGCUGUGGCGGACGGCGGAUAUCCGGAUGCGGAGCGAUCAGUGCGUCUCUUUUGAGGUCGGGUUCGUCUUCAAGACUAUGGAGGAGACCUUCAGAAGAAUGCUAGACCUAUACAACACGACUUUAGACAUCCGCAGGAACAUAACGGAACCCGGCUACAUCCACCACGUGAUGUAUCUGCAGAAGAUGGAGAAACUACACUGGCGGGUGUUGCAUUUACAUAACAUGAUGCACGAGAUUGAAAGGAAAUACAAGAUGGACGCUCUUAUUAACGGAUCGGGCGUGUUUGAAGACGGGAAGCGCUGGACGCGAUUCACCGCCGACACGCGGAAGACCUGGACCUUCACGUGGGGGAAGAGCACCACCAGCUGGUGGUAUCCUCUGGAACACGGCUGGACCGAUCAAUACUACGUCUGGAAGUAGCUUCCGAACAAUACACCAUGUUAUGUAAGGUAUGUAGAGGCAAAUCUCGACUGGGGGGCAAUAGGCGAGACGAACAAAAAAAAAUGUAGUGCGUCAAUUAAAUCAUCAAAAAAUUUUGGACACAUUUUUUUCUUUCUUCUCGCAAACGUAAAAUGACGACGGUAUAGUGCGUUGAAGUUUAGCGUGUUUUACCUAAUAGAAUGUUUACCUAACAGUCACGUCAAAAGAGUAUGUUAUUCAUUCAUUAGAUAAAGCGAAAAAUAUGUGUUUAGUAUUAUUGGACGAUCUAACUGACGGACUAAACAGAAUGCCAUUUUUUAAUGUAGUCUUCAUCCCUACCUAUUGUAAUGAU